AUGAUUUUCUCAUUGGAGAAGCGAAUAUACAAAGCUCUGGAUUCGAAGUUAGAGAAACUUGUUCCUCCUACUGGUCAAUCUCAGCACCUCCUCGAGUCUACCAUUUCACGAUGCCUACAGGACUUGGACAAGAAGAUCGGUGAUUCUAUAGGUCGUCAACUUAAGGAUAUGCAGGCCGCGAUAAUAAAGGGUGUAAUUGAUGCCAUUGGGGCGACCAAUGCUAUCCCUGCCACCGUCACAGAACCAACAGAGCCACCCCUGUAUGAUUUCACAACCCCAUCAGAAGCUGCUGAUUGCCGCAUCAACGACGUGCUCCGCGCUUUGAACGUAGCUUCUGAUGCUUCUGAUGCUUCUCUCCCUGCAACAACAGCAGGAGCACCUGCCCAACUUGAUCAUGAAGGACCCAUCGCUGAUGACUCCGCACCGAUGGAUUUGUCGGAGCAUCAAGUGAAAGAGCAGGAACGGAUCUUAGGAGCAGUACCCGUCUCACUUCAUCAAGGACCAAACGAUGAUGACUCCUCACCUAUGGAAGAGGAACAUCUUUCCCCACCCAAUGCCAUCGCAAUAUUGAAGGAGCAUAAUGAGGGAAAUGUAAUAGAAACUGGCUUGACCGCUCAGCAAAACAUACAAGCCGCUGAUGUUGAUCCUACUGUAAACCAGGAGGCCGUGUCCGAAGAAGUUGAUAUUGACGAGCAAAACCAACAAGCCGCUGAUGUUGAUCCAACUGCAAACCAGGAGGCCGUGUCAGAAGAAGUUGAUAUGGACGAGAUGCAAAUACCUUUUUAUCUGUUCGAAAUGCCGUCUUUCUCACUCGGACUAUCGCAGGAGGAUGCACCCGUUUCCAAGGGACACGAAGAAGAGGCUCUGGAGCAGCGUAAGAGCAAAAGGGCAAAGGUCGCUCCGGUUGUUCUGCAAGACUACAAAUGUGACGGAGUAACAGCUGGUCUAUCCAUAAUAUCUGAUCUUGACAAACGUUUUGAGCUUAUGGAGCAGCGACUGCUAAAUGAAUCGUAA